AUGACUGGUAAAAGUUCAAACAAUCCCACCUUAUUUUGGGUGCCUGUUGAAGAUACUACUCAAUUAUUUACAAAAGCUGAAUUAGUUGAUUCAAGUAAUGAUAAUAACUUAAUAACCAAUAAAAAAGAAAAUGAGGAACAGACUGUACAAUUGAAGUUAUUAUCAAAUGGUGAUAUAAUUGAUUUUCCAAUUUCAAAAAUCUUUCCUGUGAACCCAAAUAUUUUCGAUAAAGUUAAUGACAUGUCUGAAUUAACUCAUUUAAACGAACCUUCUGUUUUAUUCAAUUUAGAAAACAGAUAUAAGGAUAAUUUAAUUUAUACCUAUUCAGGUUUAUUUUUAGUGGCAAUAAACCCAUACAAAAACCUAGACAUUUAUAAUCAAAAAAUUAGAGAGUUAUACCAUAAUCAAAACCCAAGUUCAAAGGAAAAUGAUGUAAACGAAAUAGAAAAUUCUUCUUCAUUACCUCCUCACAUAUUUAAUAUUACAGAAAAUGCAUAUAGAAAUUUAUUACAUGAUGACAAUAAUCAAUCAAUUUUAGUCACCGGUGAGUCUGGUGCAGGUAAAACUGAAAAUACAAAAAAAAUUUUACAAUAUUUAGCAUCGAUUACUCAAAGUUUAAAUAAGGACAAUUUUGAAACAAAAAUUUUACAAAGUAAUCCAAUUUUAGAAUCAUUUGGUAAUUCUCAAACCGUUAGAAACAAUAAUUCUUCAAGAUUUGGUAAAUUCAUUAAAAUCAACUUUUCAAAAGAUUCAAGUGAUGUUUACAAAAUUAUCGGAGCUCAAAUUGAUUGGUAUUUAUUAGAAAAAUCAAGAAUAACUAAUCAAUCAAAAGCUGAGAGAAAUUUCCAUAUUUUUUACGAGCUAUUAGCAGGUCUAUCAGAUUCGAACAAUGCAGAUUUAAAAUCAAAAUUACUUAUAGAAUCCACCGAUAUCAAUGAUUAUCAAAUCUUAAAUAAAAUAACUAAUAAUAAUGAUAAUUCAAACUUCAAAGCUUUGUUAGCAGCUUUUGAUAUAAUAGGUUUUAGUAAAAUUGAGGUUGAGAAUAUUUUUAAAGUGAUUUCUUCAAUUUUACAUAUUGGUAAUUUGAAUUUUACUUCUUCAUUUGUUAGUAACAAUUCUUCAUCUAAUAAUAAAAAUAAUGAUAAACAGGCAGCCUUUCAAAAUCCAGAGCUUUUAACAAAAAUUGCAGCUCUAUUAGGUAUAGAAGAUUCAUAUGACUUUAAAGAUUCUAUAUUGAGGCCAAAAUCAAAAGCAGGACGAGAAUGGGUUCAUAAAUCAAAAAAUUCAUUACAAUCAAAAUCUAUCUUAAAUGCAUUAUCAAGAACAUUGUAUGAAAAUUUAUUUGAUUAUAUAGUAAGCAAAAUCAAUGAAAAUUUAAAAUCCUAUCAUUCAGCUACAGGUAGUGAUGUUGGAUCAAAUUAUAAAUUCAUAAGUAUUUUGGAUAUAGCUGGUUUUGAGAUAUUUGAAAAAAACUCAUUUGAACAAUUCUGCAUUAAUUAUACCAACGAAAAACUACAACAAUUUUUUAACCAUCAUAUGUUUAUAUUGGAACAAAAUGAAUAUAUCAAUGAAAAUAUCGAAUGGGAUUACAUAAAUUUUGGUAAAGAUCUGCAGUCAACUAUUGACUUAAUCGAGCUUAAGAAAUCAAACCCAACAGGUAUUUUACCAUUGUUAGAUGAAGAAUCCAUAAUUCCAAAUUCUAGUGAUGAAUCUUUUUUCCAGAAGCUUAUUUCAAAUUGGGAUAAUAACUCCAACAAAAAAACAACUAACAAUAAGUUUAAAAGAUCCAAAAAGCUUAACUCUUUCAUUCUGAAGCAUUAUGCUGGUGAUGUGGAAUAUCAUACAGAUGGUUGGUUACUAAAGAAUAGAGACCCUCUUAACGACCAUUUGCUAAACAUACUUAUUAGUUCAGAGAAUCGUCUAGUUUCAAGCUUUUUCAAUACUGAAACUCAACUUUCUAAUUCUAUCAAAGUUACUACUUCCUCAAGACAUAGAGAACAAUUGAACUCUUUAUUAGAACAAUUGCGGUUGACGAAUCCUCAUUUUAUUCGUUGCAUAAUACCAAAUAAUCUCAAGGCACCUAAAACAUUUGAUAAGCAAUUGAUUUUAGAUCAACUACGUUGCAAUGGUGUAUUAGAGGGUAUUAGAAUAGCCAGAGAAGGUUAUCCAAACCGUAUUUUAUUCAACGAGUUUUUUCAGAGAUAUAAAUUUUUAUUAGACAAUUCUGUUCUAAAUUCUAUCAACGCCAGCAAUUUAAAACAAAAUUGUGAAUUAUUAAUAUCUACUGAAUUAAACCUUGAUCCUUCUUUAUAUAAAGUCGGUAAUACAAAACUAUUUUUUAAAGCUGGUGUGUUAGCUGAUUUAGAAGUAAAGAUUGAAGAGAAGUUAUCAACAUCAGUAACUUUCAUGAACGCAAUAAUUAAGGGUAAUUUAAUCAGACAAUUAACACAAAUGAAAUUGUCAAAAUUGAAUUCUUCAAAAUUAAUUGGAAAAAACUUUGUUGUAUAUGAACAAGAAAUGGCAAAUAACCCUUGGUUUAGAUUAUAUAUAAAAUUGUUACCAUUACUGAAUUCUUCUCAAGACAUUGUUAGACAAAAGAAAUACAGCGAAAAUGUCAAGCGAUUGGAGCAUAAAAUUGAUGAUCUUGAGAAGAACAAAACAGAACUAAUAAAUACGAACGAGUUGAAGAACAAUGAGUUGGAACAAAUAAGAGAACUACUUAAAGUAGAGACCAAGAAGCUAGAAGGCAAAAACCAACUUUUGCAAACUUCCAAAAAUGCCGAAUUGGAAUUGUCUGAAAAGUUAGAAAAGCUAAAACUAAUAAAUGAUAAGUUGGAGAUAUCAAAAAUUGCUAUUGAAGAUGAAAAUUCAAGAAUCAAUGAUAAAAUAAAGAUUAUAUCCGAAGAAAUCGAAAAGUAUCUAAAAGAAAAUAAAAAUCUGAAGGAAGAUAAUGGAAACCUUUUGAAGAAUGUCGAGGAUCUAACCGAACAGAAAGAAUCCUUAUCAGUUGAUAAUCAAAAAUUGUUAAAUACAGUCAAAGAUUUAGAGGAUAAUUUGAAGAAUAAGGAAAUUAAUUUGAGAAAAGAGUUCAAACUUGAAAAAGAACACUUAUCUAGCGAACUAGAAUCUUUACAAAUAAUUGCCGAAUCAAGGAAGAAGGAAGAAGAGGAAUAUAUGGCACAAAAUGAAAAAUUCAAACUGGAAAUCGAGAACUUGAGUAAGUUGAAAAAUUCUCAAUCUGAUGAAAUCAAAAUUCUAAGAAGUCAAAUAAAAACUUCAGAAGUCACCUUAGAUGGAAAGCUUGAAGAGUUAGAGAAAAACUGUACCCAGGCUUUAGACCGCCUGAGUAAGUUAGUGAAUGAAAACAGUGAAUUGCGUUCUCAGAUUUCAUCUCUAAAAAAUGAACAACUGGCACUUAAUAAGCAAGUUAAAAGUAGAGAGGAAGAUAAUACAAAGUUAUUAAAUUCGAUAACCAAUUAUGAGAAUGACAUAAAGAAGCUAACUCAUGAUAAAACUAAUGAAAUUGAAAAAUCUCAAACAACCAUCCAGAAAUUAAGCGAGGUCCAGAGGGAGCUUGAAACGUUCAAGAAGAGUAACCACAACUUAACAGAAAAAUAUGAAGAUUUAAAGAAUAAUUUUAACAGCAGGUCAGUUGAUGAAGAAAAAUUAUCUUCUUUGUCCGAUGCUUUGAUUGAGCAAAAGGCUAAGAAUGAAUCCCUGGCUCAAAAAUUACUACAGGUUACAAAUGAGAAUUUAAAGAUAAAAGAACAGAAAGAUAGGGACCAGGUAGUUAUUGUUUCCGAAACUGCAAAUAUCGAACUAAUGGGAAAGAUUGAAGAAUUGAAUGAAAAGGUUGUACAGACGUCAGAAAGAUUAAAGGCUGAAAUAGAGCAGAAAAAAAAUUUAAUUGCAAAAUUAAGAUUCACUGAGACCAAACUGGCAUCUACAAUGUUUGAGUUACAACAUAGUGCUGGUAAGAUCAAAAAGAUGAAAGAAAUUAUAAAAAAUGCGAACAUUACCAUUGAUUUAGAUAAAGAGUUGGGCAAUACAGAUAUGAUAUCUGAGAUGGAUGUUCAAAAAUUAGUUCUAGAACUACAUCAUAUAAAGGAACAAUUAGAAAUAGAGACUAAGGCUAGAUAUGACGCGGAGAAUGCCCUUUCAAGUUUAGAGAAUAAACAGCGCAAUGUUUCAAAUCCAAUCCAGGGUAGUAUCUUUUCAAGGUUAAACAAAAAUAAGAAGAAUGAACAAAUUAAUAAAUUUGUUGACCAUAAUAAUCCCGUACCACUCAAAGAUAGAACUAACCUACCGCUUCCAUCAUUAACUAAUUCAAAUUAUUCUCAUGAUGAUUACAGGAAAUAUGAAGAUGAAGUUAGAUUCCACAAACUUGAGAAUUAUAAAUUGCAAGAAGUUCUAAACGAUUCUGACAAAAAAAUGAAUAACCUAGUACAUCUUGUAAAACAGGCAUCUGCCAAGGAAACCCUUCAAUCUGAACAAAUAAGUACGUUGCAAUUAAAUCUCGAAGCUUCUGAGUCAAGAAAUAAAGAUUUGAAAAACAUAAUUGUUAGUAACAAAAAACAGAUUGAAGAUAAUAUGAAAUAUAUUAAUGAUGCCGAUACUCAAUUGACGGAAUAUUCCCAUGCUUUGGCUGAGGCAGAACAAGAUGUAAGAAACAUGGCUAACAUUAUUGAAAAAUUAAAGGAUUCUAAUAGCGAUAAAGAGAAACUAAUUUGGGAUUACGAAACCAAAAAAGAUGAAAUGGAAAUCAAAAUCCAAGAAGGCAAUUUUGAACUGAAGAAAUCUCAAGAUAUGAUAAAAUUAUUAUCCUCGGAACUUGAACAUUUUAAGGAAAGACUAAAAGCUGAGCAAGAUAAGACCAAAGAAGUCGACGAAAUCGAGAAAUUACAAGAAGAGCUCAUGUUACAUACGAAGUAUGAAACUGAAUUGAAGAAAGAAGUUUCUAAACUAAACUAUGCCUUAGAAAUGUUAAAGAACGAUUCAGAGUCUAAAUUGAAUGAUUUGACACAACAAAAUGAGCAUUAUGUUUUAAUGUUACAGCAAUUAAGUAAUGAGAAAGAUUUAAUCGUUGAAUCCAAUAAAGAAAUUUCCAUGCAGUUAGAUAACUUGAAGACAGAUCAAAAAUCCUUAAAUGAAAAUAUUGAUAGGUUGUUAAAUGAAAAGUCAUUGUUAAUCUCAGAGACAGAAACUCUUAACUCAUCAUUGCAGAAAACAAGAGAAGAUCUAGAUAGUGUAAUGGAAGAAAGAUCGGAACUCUUAAAUAAUAAGAAUCACCUUGGAGAAGCACUAAAAUUACAACAGGAACAGGUUCGUCGUAAUGAAGAUUUGAUUGGCAAAUUGGAAUUAGAGUCGGCAGAAUUUAAGUCAGGUUACUAUGAAGAGAAGGAUAAAAACAUAAGUUUGAUUGAAGAAAAUCAAUCUGUUUUAAGCUCUAAUAAUAUAUUAAAAGAAAAAAUCAAAUCUUUGGAGGCCAAAUUGGCAGAUACAUCAGAUAAAGAAGCAUGGCUUUCAAAAAUUCAAGAAUUUGAAGAACUUGUUCAAAGUGAAACUGAAAUGAAAUAUGAAGAAAUGAAAAAGAACCAAACACUAGAAAAAAUAAUUGAAGAGCUUAAGGAACAUAAUGACAAACAAACUGUGACUAUUGAGAAUGCAAACCAGGAUCGACAACAAUUUGAGGAAGAGAUGCAUCAGUUCAGUGAGCGGAUAACUACCUAUGAAAAACAGAUUACAAAACAAAAACUGGAUUUAAACCAAAUGGUCAGAGAGAACUCAUACUUUGAAAACAAGGUCAAUGAAUUAGAAAGUGAAGUAGAUUAUUGGAAGAAAAGAUUUGAGAAUUUAGCUACUGGUAAAGAAAAGGUUCAAAUGAAUCAGGAAGAACUUUUAAUCUAA